AAUAUGUUGAUGUUUUCAGAGAAAAACAAGAAUAUGCAACUAGAGUUAAUACUGAUGAAAUACCUCCAAUAAAAUUAAACCUGAAAAAUGGAAUGAAAGAAAAUGAAAUACCAAUGCGAGAAAAAAGACAAGCAUUGAGAAAAUAUAGUGAAGAAGAUAAAAAAGUUAUCAAAGAAAUGCGAGAUGACCUAAUGAAAAACAAUAUUAUAUUCAGUGGAAAUAUUGAAUGGGGAAGCUCUGCACUGGUAAUAACCAAAAAAGAUGGAACAAAAAAAAUUGCAAUAGAUUAUAGAAAUCUGAAUAAGUACUUAGAACAAUAUAGAGAACCAUUACCCGAUUCAAAGCAAAUGUUGCAAACUGUUAGUAGAUAUAAAUACUAUAUAACAAUGGAUAUAAAAUCAGCAUAUUGGCAAUUAGUGAUGCAUAAAAACUCAAAGAAAUAUACAGCGACAACCUUCGCAGAAUAUGGAACAUACUGUUGGCAUACAUUACCAUUUGGAAUUAGCACAGCACCAGCAUACUUGAUACGAGCAAUGAACAAAAUAUUAGGACACUUAGACUAUGUAGUAAUCUACAUGGAUGACUUUGUAAUUUUAUUGAAUGAUAAAUCUGAGGCUCAAGUAAAAUUAACAGAGAUAAAAAUUGGAAAAAAUGUUUUGAAAAUUAAAGAAGUAGACAAAUUUACUACUCCAAAAAACAAAACAGAAUUGCAAAGAUUCUUGGGAUUUAUGAAUUAUUUUAGAUCCUUUAUUUUAGACUUUGCAAGAGUGGCAACACCACUAUACGGAUUAGUAGGAACAGCUGAAUUUAAAUAG